CGGAGAGAUUCACGCGGCUCGCCGUCGCCUCUCGCCUCAACUUUCUUCGGCCAUCCCUACCCAUCAUCAUCGCCACCACCACGUUGUCACCGUGCGCCAGCACCGCGUUAUCGUGUCGUUACACGUCGCCGUGUAGUAUCAUGUUGUCGUGACGGUCAGCAAAGUUCGGGGAGUCCGAGCGGCGCAACGUGACGUUCGCGCACGAUCACGCACGCGGAAAUUAAAGAAGCGGUCCCAACGAGAGAUUGCCGCGGCUGCACACGCACGAACGCGACGCGCGCGCGCACGAUCCACGCACGCGGAAAUUAAAGAAGCGGUCCCAACGAGAGAUUGCCGCGGCCGCACACGCACGAACGCGACGCGCGCGCGCACGAUCCACGCACGCGGAAAUUAAAGAAGCGGUCCCAACGAGAGAUUGCCGCGGCCGCACACGCACGAACGCGACGCGCGCGCGCACGAUUUCGCGUGUAACACCAGUGCUCUCGCGCGCGCGCAAGCGCUCGACGCGAAUGCUCCUGGCUGCAUCGUAAUCCCGAAAUAGGAUCAAGGAUAACGACGUCGUAGAUUUUUCUUGCCACUACUACCGUGCGUCCCCGUGCGAGUGCUGGGAAACCGGUUCGUUGUGUUGAUUCCCCUCGCAGUUUUUCAAGAUAAACGAUAAUUGUCUACCAUGGCUUCGUUAGUGGCGAGCGUAAGAGUAGCCAAUUCUUUUCGUCAUUUGUGCGCCUGUGCCGUAAGGACACUGUCCACGAGCGCGAUGCCGAAUCCCAAGGACGAGGCGAGGGAGGUGAUUGUCAAUUACUUGGACGGGAAGGACAACGGCAUCGCCGUGUUGGGACUGAACCGACCCGUCGCCCGUAACUCUUUCGGGAAGACCCUAGUCUCGCAAUUGAACGAAACGCUGGCUGCCAUCAGGCAGAACAACAAACUGCGAGUGCUAAUCGUGCGCAGCCUGGUCCCGAAAGUAUUUUGUGCCGGGGCGGAUCUGCGGGAGCGGUUGAAGAUGGACACCUCGGAGGUGCCGGGAUUCGUGUCCUCCAUAAGAGGUCUCAUCAGCGACAUGGAGACCUUGCCGACUCCGGUGAUAUCGGCCAUCGACGGUUACGCGCUGGGUGGCGGAUUGGAGCUCGCGCUGGCCACCGACAUCAGAGUCGCCUCUUCGGAGGCCAAGAUGGGCCUGGUGGAAACGAAACUAGCGAUAAUACCAGGCGGCGGUGGUACGCAACGGUUGCCGAGAAUAGUCGGCGUAGCCAAGGCUAAGGAACUGAUCUACACGGCGCGGAUCCUCGAUGGGGAACAGGCGAUGCAGAUCGGUCUCGUGAACGAGGUGGUCCCGCAAAACAAGAUCGGCGACGCGGCCUACCAAACGGCUCUCGCUAUCGCGAGGGAAAUUUUGCCCAAUGGUCCCAUCGGCGUUAGAUUGGCGAAGGUGGCGAUAUCCAAAGGUACGGAAAUGUCUCUGGAAGACGGCCUGGAGGUCGAGAAGCAGUGCUACAGCAAGAUCGUGGACACGAAGGACAGAAUCGAAGGACUCGCCGCUUUCGCGGCAAAGCGAGUGCCGGUUUAUCAGGGAGCGUAAAAAUUCACUGCAUCAUCGCAAUGAAUGCUCAAUUCCAAUACGACGAACAAAAUGCAUUUUACAUGAGCCUCUCAUGAUACAUAUGUAUAUAUCAGCGUUUCGCUGAGUGGCCGUAUAUACUAUAUAUACAUACACGCAUAUAUAGAUUUUGAUACAUAUUUUUAUCGGAAAUGCAUUUGCGAGCGCUCGGUGCCGAGUAAUGGGAGUUAUGUAGAAAUAAGAGGAAUUAACGUUGUAGUUUUCACGCGAGCCACAAGAAAACAGCGUAAACACUAACCUUGUACAUUUUACCAUUUACAUAUGCUAAUGAGGUAAAGGCGUACUUUUAUACUUUAUGUCAGCAGCAGAAAAAGAUUCUACGUCGUGACACAUAAUCUCACUUCCGUCUUCCACAAUGUUACGGCUCUUCUCGUCGAUAGUACUAAAAUUUAGCAGUCUUAUUAUACAUACAUGAGGGUACAUGUAUAUUACAUAUACAUAAAUGCAUUAAGAUAUGCGCGGAUGUGUGAUACGUGUGCAUGAGAUCUGUGUGUGAGUCACGAGAAAUAAUGAACUAUAUUCAUAAUACCGAUAACCUUUUUAUUCAACGUUUAUCAUCUUGUGUAAGUGAUGAUAAUAAAACACUCGAAAAGGA